GUAAUUACUGCUCUGCAGUAAGGUGUGCAGAGCCCUGCUUACGUUCAGCCCAGAGCUGGUGGAAGGUGACAAAAAUCAUUCACUCAAGGGAUCACUGUCCUAAACAGAAGAGACCUGAGAAUUUGAGGUAUUCCCUUUAUUACCGGUACCCUCGGCGGUCUUGCUCACCUUACACAUUUCCCUGAGUUGGAGAAACUGGCUUCCUCCAAGCCAGCGGGAAGCCGGAAGGGGAGGCGUAGCUGCGCCAGCAGGGGGCGCCGCGCGGCGGUAGAGUCCAGCGAGCCGCCAUGGCGGUGCCGCGAGUGCUGCUGCUCCUGUCCGUGCGGCCGGAGCCGGUGAGCUUCGCGCAGAGUGUGUGCGGCCUCCUCGGCGCCGGCCCGAACCCCGGGCCAUGGCCCACGCACUGCAGUUUGAAGCGCGGACAGCUCAUCCUCUCCGACAGGCCCUUCCCGGAGGCCUCGGCCAGGCUUCCGAUCCAGCGACCCCCUUUCUGCCCUUUUGCGGCCCUCGCCCUGCAGCCCUUGGCCCCCGAGGCCACACUACCCACAAACCGAGGUGUGGACCUGGGUGUGGCCGUCCUUGUGCAGUCCAGCGACCAGACCGUCUUGUUGACCCGCAGGACACGCACUCUCAGAGUUUCUCCCAACCUCUGGGUACCCCCAGGGGGUCAUGUGGAGCUUGAUGAGGAGUUGCUGGAUGGAGCGCUUCGAGAACUGUGGGAGGAGAGUGGACUACAGCUGCCCAAGGACCAGUUCUCCUGGGUCCCUCUGGGGUUAUGGGAGUCUGCCUACCCACCUAGGCUGAGCUGGGGUUUCCCCAAAUACCACCACAUCGUUCUGUAUCUACUUGUGAUCUCCCAGGAGUCACAGCAGCAGCUGCAAGCCCAGAUCCAACCAAACCCAGGUGAGGUGAAUGCCCUUAUGUGGCUGGGACCAGAUGUAGCAGCUGCAGUGGCUGCUACAGAGAAUGGGACGGAGACAGCUGCCCUUCUCCCCCAGGACCUACCACCCUCUGUCCCUGCUAUAGAACUAGAAGAGGAUGGAGGAGCCCGACCUGUGGUUCUGCCCAUGUCCACACUGCUGCAGACAACCCCAACCACAGCAGAGGACAUAGAGAGGGUCAGCACUGGAACCAAGUUUGCUCUUCGGCUCUGGCUGCAACAUCUGGGCAGGUGAAGGUGAAGGUGGAGUUCCUGUGGACCCAGAGCCAGCAAAGGACAGAACAUGGACCCUGCUGUCUCAAAUGAGGAGUCUAGAAAGGGAAGUGCA